AUGGCAAGAGGCCCUAUAAUACAAUUCUUCCGCAUUUAUACCUCCAGAGAAAAACGCCUCUGUAGGGUUAGGGUUUCCUUGCUCUCCAAUCGGUUCUUUCAUUCUUCUGAACAGUCGCACAGGUCUGACCUGCCAAAAUCCCUACUUUUCCACUCUAUUGAUCCAUUUCCAACCACCCAAUUCAACCCAUUGAAGAACCAAUUCAGGGUUUCAAAUUUCAGCAAAAACCCAUUUUCCACGCUUGUGGAAAAUGAGAGUGGCAGUUCAGAUUCGGCUAAUAUCCUCGCAUCCGAGCCUAAUGAGGUUGAAUUGGAACCAAAUGAGGCACAAACUUGCGAUUUAGAGUCCAAAUCUAAUAUGAAUUUUGCCCGUACAGCGACUCGUGAUCCAGCAGAAAUUUAUAGGGAGCUUCGUGAUAGCCCGAAAAAUGAUAAACUAACCCGGGCGGAUUGGGACACAUUAGUGGAAGUUUUCCGGUGUUUUUCAAAGUCCGGUUGGGCUUCCAAUCAGGCCCUUGCAGUAUAUAUAGGGGCAUCUUUUUUCCCGACUGCUGCGCAUAAGUUUAGGAGUUUUUUCUUUAAGAAAUGUCGCGUUGAAAUUGUGAAGUAUUUGGUAUCCCUUGGCCCAGGCGAUGAGGCUGAGAAGUUUUUGUUUCCGGUAUUUGUUGAAUUUUGUUUAGAAGAGUUUCCAGAUGAAAUAAAAAGGUUUAGGAGUAUGGUGGUGUCCGCGGAUAUGACAAAGCCACAUACAUGGUUUCCGUUUGCUCGGGCAAUGAAACGAAAGAUUAUAUAUCAUUGUGGUCCGACUAAUAGUGGUAAAACUUAUAAUGCAUUGCAGAGGUUUAUGGAGGCAAAGAAGGGUAUUUAUUGUAGUCCUCUUAGGCUUUUGGCUAUGGAGGUUUUUGAUAAGGUGAAUGCAUUGGGAGUUUAUUGUAGUCUCCAUACAGGACAGGAAAAGAAGUAUGUUCCAUUCUCAAAUCACAUUGCUUGUACAGUAGAAAUGGUGUCGACAGAUGAGUUGUAUGAUGUGGCCGUUGUUGAUGAAAUUCAAAUGAUUGCUGACCCGUGCAGAGGGUAUGCAUGGACCAGGGCUUUACUAGGAUUGAAAGCUGAUGAGAUUCAUUUGUGUGGUGAUCCUAGUGUUUUGGCCAUUGUGAGGAAGAUAUGUAUGGANGGAUUGAAAGCUGAUGAGAUUCAUUUGUGUGGUGAUCCUAGUGUUUUGGCCAUUGUGAGGAAGAUAUGUAUGGAAACUGGAGAUGAAUUGUUGGAACGGCACUAUGAGAGAUUUAAGCCACUAGUGGUUGAAGCUAAGACCCUCUUAGGAGAUCUCAAGAAUGUGAGGUCCGGAGAUUGUGUUGUUGCAUUCUCAAGAAGAGAGAUAUUUGAGGUAAGACUGGCAAUUGAGAAGUACACAAACCACCGCUGUUGUGUUAUAUAUGGUGCAUUGCCUCCAGAGACUCGUAGGCAGCAAGCUAACUUGUUUAAUGAUGAAGAUAAUGAAUUUGAUGUCUUGGUUGCCAGUGAUGCAGUGGGAAUGGGUUUGAACCUUAACAUCAGGAGGAUUGUUUUUUAUAGUCUUUCAAAGUACAAUGGUGACAAGAUUGUCCCGGUUCCGGCAUCCCAGGUGAAACAGAUUGCCGGAAGAGCUGGUCGGAGAGGAAGUCGAUAUCCAGAUGGACUGACGACCACCUUGCAUCUAGAUGAUUUGGGUUACUUGAUUGAGUGCUUGAAGAAACCGUUUGAUGAAGUUAAGAAACUGGGUCUCUUUCCAUUCUUUGAGCAGGUUGAGUUAUUUGCAGGGCAACUUCCAAAUACUACUUUCUCCCAGCUACUUGAAAAGUUUGGUGAAAACUGCCUUUUAGACAUGAGUUACUUCUUGUGCCGACAUGAUCAUAUAAAGAAAGUGGCUAAUAUGUUAGAGAAGGUUCAGGGAAUAUCUCUAGAAGAUCGUUUCAAUUUUUGCUUUGCCCCAGUUAAUAUCAGAGAUCCAAAGGCAAUGUACCAUCUUCUGAGAUUCGCCUCAUCAUAUGCCCAAAAGCUGCCCGUUAGUAUAGCGAUGGGCAUGCCCAAAGGUUCUGCUCGUAAUGACACAGAGCUCUUGGAUCUUGAGACUAAGCACCAAGUGUUGUCUAUGUAUCUAUGGUUGUCUAAUCACUUCAAGGAGGAAACUUUCCCAUUUGUCAAGAAGGCUGAGGCAAUGGCUACCGAUAUUGCUGAGUUACUGGGUCAGUCACUCACCAAAGCCUGCUGGAAACCAGAAUCAAGGCAUGCAGGGAAAGCAAAGCCUCAAGAGAAGAAAGAUACUUAUGAGAGGCCAAGGUCCCUCGUCAAGUUAUAUGAGAAGAAAAGGCGUGAAAAAUCCUCACUGCAACAGCAUCUGGAGAAAGUAGCUGCAUAG